UUCGCCUUUUCUUUUCUUUUCUUUUCUUUUUUCUUUUUCCCAAGAAAUGAGCAUGAACUCCAAAAAUUAAAAAAAAAAACCCACAAAACCUUUCACUAUAUAAAAAAGAAAUUUUUGGUAACCUCCCAAAAAUAAUUGGAGCAAGGGCAGGCAAACUAUGGGAAAGCAACUCCUUUUCUUUUUUUCUUUCUCUCUCUAGUCUUUUGUGCUACUCCCCAGCCAACAAAAAAGUGAGAAACUGGAAAAAUUGAUUUGAAAGAAUUGAAGUGACCUUGACCCAUGUAGUGUCCUCUCCUCUCUCUUAUUUAAAACCCUCUAACAUCUUCCCCGUUCUUUCUCUCUCUUUAUCUUUUUUUUUACUACAGUGGUAUUGGUUUUGUGUGUGUUUUUGGAGUGAGGGAGAGUGUGUGUUUAGCAAGGGAAGAUGCCAAGGCCAGGGCCAAGGCCUUAUGAGUGUGUGAGAAGAGCUUGGCAUAGUGAUAGGCACAAACCCAUCCGAGGUUCCAUGAUUGGACAAAUUUUAAGGAUGGCCUAUGACACUCACAGUGCUGCAACUAAAGGGAACAGGGAGUGGCAAGAUAAGCUUCUUCUUGUGGUUUACAAAGCAGAGGAAAUCAUGUACUCUAAAGCCAACUCUGAGGCUGAGUAUAUGAACCAAGACACUUUUUGGGACAGAGUAAAUGAUGCCAUCAACACCAUUAUUAGGAGAGAUGAGAGCACUGAAACUGGAGAUCUUUUGCCUCCCUGUAUUGAAGCUGCCCUUAAUUUGGGAUGCAAAGUGGAGAGAGCUUCGAGAAGUCAACGACACAGCAAUCCCAGGAGCUACCUCAGCCCGAGAACACAAGAAUCGGCGUCUGUACCUCCUAGAGCUAUAGAUAGAACUCAUGAUGAACAAGGCCUUCAGUUAAUGCCAGUUCACUCUAUCAAUCAAUUGAAUAUUGCAAGAGACACGGCAACUGGGAAUCCAGAUCUUUCGGUUUCAGAGUCUAAUCAUCUUUUGGCUGAGAAUAGUAAUGUUGCUUACAGUUACCCUUUCUUGUAUGAGAAUAUCCCACCUGGCAGUAAUCAGCUGACAACAAGGGAAGCCGACAUGCACCAGAACUUUGGUUCAGUUUAUCCCUUGUAUUGUGGAAAUCAAUAUCAAAUCGAAGCGUCUGAUGUGGUCUCCCAAUUUCCGAUGAAGACGAAAUCCAACACUAUAUUUGUGGGCAAACCUAUUGGUACAUCUGUUCCACCACAUAGGGAAAUGGGUGUCUUGCAGACAGUUUUCUCAUGUUCCAGUGCUGAAGUUGGUUCCACGAGAAUCACACAAGCAGAUUUCAGAAAUACCCAUAACAAGCCAACUGGCACACAAUGUGAUUUAUCCUUGAGGCUGGGUCUAUACUCAGACCCGGGCAUGAGCAUAGAAAGAAAUCAAGCUCAAGAAAAUGAAAAUGUUGGCUCAAGCAGAUUUCAAGAAAGAGACAAGUUUAGUGUUUUUUCUCAACAAAGAAACAAGGAAUUCUGUUUUUUUCCUGGUACAAGUACUAGGGAUCCCUCUGGGUCCUGUUCGGUUAAGUGGGUUUCAGAGGGUGAUGAUCAGAAUUUGGAGACAACCAUCAGAAAGCGCAAAGCGCCCUUCAGAGACAAAGCAGAGGAUGGACAUUUUUGCUGGCAGUCCAACAUGUUCAUUGGUCGAAUAGAAGGGCCAGGUUUGUAGGCAUUGUUUUUCCCGUUGUAGUGUCUAUGCUUAAAAAUUUGAGGUGGCUAGAAUUAUGCUGGUCAAUCCUUUUUGCAACCUCAUUUUCCUAUGUAGUAGCUCAGAUCACAGAUUUACACGCUAACAGCGAGAUUGCAACCUGGGAUUUAGUGGAAAAGGUGAAUUGUAAAUGAAAUCUGAGUUUGAUCUAAA